UAAAGUUCUUAUUGUCAAAGUCAAUUACGUAAUGCUAUCAUCAAUCAUGACUAUAUCCUAUAUAUAAAGUUGGUAUAAUUCCACCAGCAGGGUCAAUACUUAUCCAUAGAUUUGAUCCAACAGUAGUCAAUUCAAUACAAAGACAAGUUUGAUUCUUCUUAUGUCGCAUAAUAUAAAUAUUGGGUUUCUGUAAGAUAUUUUUCACAUAGAAACAGAGAGAUUUAAAUGGAGGGGUUGAUUCCAUAUCUGAUUCAUGCUAUCAAGAAAGACCAUAAGCCACAAGAUCAGGGGUAUCGAUCGUUGUCUGUAGGAUCUAGCCGAGGCUACCGACCAUUAAUGAUGGGACAGGAAGGUUCUUCUUCAUUACAGGGAUCUUCUCACCGUCGAACAAAAUCAGAGUACAAGCCACCUGUGAUGAUGGAUAUGUUUGAUCAGACAUCAUCAGGAGGUCUUGGUCAAAACUCUGUGAAUGAAGAUCUUUCUUCUCAGAAUAUAGCAACAAAGCUUCAGCAUGCAGAUAGACGUUGAGCUUCUGUCAGAAAAAAAAAAUUUUAUAAUCUGAAAUCAAAUUGUAAUAAGUCUUAGAUACCAGUUAUAUGAAUUUGUUUUAAUUGAUUUAUUUAUUUAUUAUAAUAAUGUAUUGUACGAAUUAAAUACAAUAUAAAAUUGAUUCUUU